GUAGCGAGCGAGGUGCUGCUAGACGCGCGCGACUAUGUGGAAGCUGCUGGCUCGCGCCGGAGCACCGCUCCUGCGGGUGCCCUUGUCAGAUUCUUGGGCAACCCUGCCCACCAGCGCUGGGAUAAAGACGCUGCUGCCAGUGCCAACUUACGAAGAUGUUUCUAUUCCUGAAAGGCCCAAGCUGAAAUUUGUUGAAAGGGUACCACUUGUGCCAAAACUAAGAAAAGAACCUAAAAAAUUGCGUGACAUACGGGGACCUUCCACUGAAGCUACUGAGUUCACAGAAGGCAAUUUUGCAAUCCUGGUGAGUUUAGCAUCAAGCAGCUACAGGCCAGAGUUAACAAAUCUCAUACUACCCUUUAUUCAGUAUCAGAUAAUCAAGUGCAUGAAAUUGUAA